AGCUCUGUUCUCUCUGCAGUCCCUGAAUGAACACAAGUCACAAUGGUGCUAAAAAUAGAAUUGGCUGAAACAUCCUCCUUCACUUGCUCUCUAUAGGUUUCUUAAAGCUGCCAGUUUCAUUCAGAUAAGGCCCCAACCCUGCUAUGAGAGUUGCUGGAAUUCUGGGAGUAGUAGUUCUAGCUGCUUUUCCAGGCCUCAAAAGCAUUUUGAUAGUUUAUGCUGAAAGUUUAGAUUUUUGUGGAGAUGAAAAGUUUUUUUCAAAAUGCUCAUAUUAACUGAAAUGUUUUAAUAUUUUCCCUAAAAUAUCAGUGAAGAAUGUGAAUUUAAACAUCCCUCUCUAAAGAAAUUGCAACACAAAGUGUGUGCCAUACAGGUCAAAAACCAGAAAGUGAAGCUGGCUAGCACUGAAAGUGAAUGUGAUCGAUUAAGUGCUAUUUUAUUGACAUGACAAACACUGUUAGUGCUGUGUGUGUCCAGCAGAUGUAUGUGUGGAAAGUGGAAGGACAGUCAGCGGUUGUGUCUGUCAGAGAAUGGGGAGGGGCAAUUAAUGUGUGUAUACUGCAUGCACAUAUGAGAUGUGUGUGAGGGGUGGGCAAGGCAGUUACAGGGUGUGUGGGGGUCUGUCAGUGAAUGGGGGUAUGUAGUAGGUGUGGGCAUGCAUGUGAAUUGUGGCUUUUUGUAGGCAACACAAUCUGUGUGUGUGUGGUCUAUCAAUGGGGUGCAGUAGGUGUGGGCAUGGUGUGUGGACAGGGGCUGUGGAUGUGUGUGCCUGGGCGGGCAGGGCAGUCCCAGAGUGUGAGGGGGGAUUUAUUAGUGGGUAUGGAAGUGGCUGGCACUUGGGAUGUUGGACAAAUAGGCAAUCUCAGUGUGGCUGGGGGUGUCAGUGGACGUGGGGUAACUGGUAGGCAGGGGGGCUGUCAGGGAAUGGGGGAGGUGAGCAGGGCAGCCUAGGCGUGUCUGUCAGCGAAGGGGGGAUAACUGGCAGGCAGGGUGGCGCCGGGGGUGACUGUCAUUGACCUGCCCGGCAGGCCAGUCUCGGGGUGUCUGUGAUUGAAGGGGGGCGGGCAGCCUGGGGCCCCGACUGGGCCCGGGGGGAGGUGACAGGACCCCCCGUUCAGUGGCGUUUCCUGACUCAGCUCUUGCUUGAACCUGUCACGAGCCGCGGCGACGCUUCGCCCCCCCCCCGGCGCGGAGAACUACAUCUCCCAGGAUGCCAUGCGAAGGAACCGGGCUCCGCUUCCCGCGAUGCCCUACGGCGCGGACUCCCUUUCCCUUGGUGCUGUGCGCGGGGGUGCCCGGCGUGUCGGGGCGCGGAUGACGCUGGCGGCGAGGUGCUGCCAGGCCGAGACUGGCCCGCGCUGCGGGGGGCUCCGGCAGCGGCGAUCCCGCAGGCCGGCGGGCGGGCCGAACCGUCCCUGUCCCGCUCCUCGCUCUUGGGCUCCCCUGGAAGCGCCAGUCGGUGUCUGGGCCCCGCUGGCCAUCGUCACCCUCCUCAGCUUCGCCUCCCGCUUCUCCCGCCUGUCCGAGCCGCCGCACGUCUGUUGGGAUGAAACUCAUUUUGGGAAGAUGGGAAGUUACUACAUUAAUCGGACCUUCUUCUUUGACGUCCACCCACCUCUGGGGAAGAUGCUGAUAGGACUUGCUGGAUACCUGAGUGGAUAUAAUGGCACAUUUCCUUUCCAAAAGCCAGGAGACAGAUAUGAACAUCAUAACUACAUAGGAAUGAGAGGGUUCUGUGCAUUUCUAGGCUCAUGCCUGGUUCCAUUUGCCUACCUCACUGUACUGGAGCUGUCCAAGUCACUAUCUGCAGCAUUACUUGCAGCCUCCAUCCUGAUUUUUGAUACAGGCUGCAUUACUCUGUCUCAGUACAUCCUGCUUGACCCCAUUCUGAUGUUCUUUCUUAUGGGAGCUGUGCUGAGUAUGGUCAAGUAUAACUCCUGUGCAGACAGGCCGUUUUCUGCCCGAUGGUGGUUCUGGCUGAAUCUGACUGGGGUAAACCUUGCUGGAGCAAUAGGGGUGAAGUUUGUUGGCCUGUUUGUAGUCCUCCUGGUUGGACUGAACACAGUUUAUGAUCUUUGGAAAUUACUGGGGGACCUCAGCCUGUCACUGGUCACCCUGGGGAAACACUUGUUGGCUCGUGUAUUCUGCCUCAUCCUACUGCCACUUGUCCUCUACACUACUCAGUUUGCUGUUCACUUUGCAGUGUUAAAUAAAAGUGGGCCCGGGGAUGGUUUUUUCAGCUCUGCCUUUCAAUCACGACUGAUUGGGAACAAUCUUCACAAUGUCUCCGUUCCAGAGCACCUGGCCUAUGGUUCUGUGAUCACAAUGAAGAACCUUCGGAUGGCAGGGGGAUACCUUCAUUCACAUUGGCACCUUUAUCCUGAGGGCGUGGGGGCUCGUCAGCAGCAGGUCACUGCCUAUUUGCACAAGGACUCAAACAACCUGUGGAUUAUAAAGAAACAUGAUUCCAACACAGCAGAUCAUUUAGAUCCUGCCUCCUCUGUGGAGUUUGUGAGGCACGGAGAUGUUAUCCGGCUGGAGCACAAAGAAACUUCUAGAAAUCUUCACAGUCACCAGCAUGAGGCCCCCAUGACAAGAAAACACUUUCAGGUCACUGGAUAUGGAAUAAAUGGAACAGGAGAUUCCAACGAUUUUUGGCGGAUUGAGGUGGUAGGCAGGAAGGCUGGGAAACGUAUUAAAGUCUUACGGAGUCAGAUCCGACUGAUUCAUCUGGCCACAGGAUGCAUACUUGGGUCCUCUGGGAAAACGCUACCAAAAUGGGGCUGGGAACAAGUGGAAGUCACCUGCACUCCAUAUGUGAAGGAUACCCCCAAUGCCCUUUGGAAUAUUGAAGAUCACAUCAAUCCCAAGUUGCCCAAUAUCAGUCUAGAUGUUCUGAAACCCUCUUUCCCAGAGAUUCUGCUGGAGUCCCACAUGGUUAUGAUCCGGGGAAACAGUGGCCUCAAACCAAAGGAGAAUGAAGUCACAUCUAAACCUUGGCACUGGCCCAUAAAUUAUCAGGGUCUGCGUUUCUCUGGAAUUAAUGAAACAGAUUAUCGAGUUUAUUUGCUUGGGAACCCGGUGAUCUGGUGGCUGAAUCUGGUCACUAUUGGAUUGUACCUCCUAAUGGCAAUUUGCACCACUGUGGCCAUAAAGAGGGGAGUUCAGCUGACAGCUGAACUCAAAGAGCUCUCUAAAGUCUUGCUACAUUGUGGAGGGCAGAUCAUGCUGGGCUGGCUCCUCCAUUACCUCCCUUUCUUCAUGAUGGGCAGAGUCCUCUACUUUCAUCAUUACUUUCCUGCCAUGCUUUUCUCUAGCAUGCUGACAGGAAUUACAUGGGAUACUCUGCUGAAGUUCUGUGUUGAGCACCUGUCCUGUUCCGUGAGGAGGAGGGUGUAUCUAUAUGGGAUGCUGACACUGAUGUUACUCAUUGUAUUUAGCUUCUACCUCUUCCAUCCUCUGUCCUAUGGGAUGGUGGGACCUAUGGCUUCAGAUCCCAAAAGCCCAAUGGCAGGGCUCAGGUGGCUGGAAUCAUGGGAAUUCUAGGGUCAACAGGAGGCAGCCUGAAAGGAGGGAAUAAGAAACACAAGAACUAUCAAGUGUCAAGUUGAUUCUUGAUCAUUUAGAGGCAAGUGGUUGCAAAGCACCAUUCUAGAGAACUCUGGGAAAUCUGCUCCCUAUAGGAUCAUCACUGGUUUGCAUAAUUUGAGACUUGGCAGAGUGUGACCACAAGAAAGAUCCUUUGAACUCCCACCAUAGUUACAGUAGAUUCUAUUUCUGAGGCUGUCCACUGCAUUAAGACCUGGGUCCUCCGAACAAGGUGUUGGAAUUCUUCAUGGUCAUACUUUCGCCUUGCUUUGGCCUGUCCAGCAGUUACACUGGUGUGAUUUGGAAAAUGUAUGUGUUUAUAUCUGUUAGAGGGUGAGGUUGCAUACACCUGUUUGUCUGUCUCUCCUCAUCUGAAAAUCAUUUGUGUGUAGAAAGAGCUGACUGUAAAAAGCAUAGUUUCCUGAGGUAUUAGGGAUCUUUUCAUAUUUCAUAACUUUUAUUUGUGUUGUUUUCCACAUAUUAUGGCGAAUGUCUGGGAAUUACCCUGUCAUCCUCAUUUGCAUUUCACAGAGGUGAUGCUGUGUUUCUAGUACCUGGCCAAGCUGAAAGUCUCUCAGUGGCUUGAAACCUCCAUGAGCCAUGGUGCCUUGCCUGUCUCCCAGGCCCAUUGCAAACUGAAGAAGUGAAGAUUGUUUAUCCUUGCAUAUCCCCUUGCUUUCAGGCCACCUGCAACACUUAUAAUAAUCACUGUGUAGCUACCUGGAAAACCACUUGAGAGCUUAGAGCCAGACAGUUCCAGCUCAUCAGUCUUGCAAUUCUUCCAGAAGAUGCUAAGAAGCUCCAAGGAGCAGCAGGUUCUUUUAUUGCUUGUCCUGGGUUUUUGAUGUAAGGGACAACCUCUUUUUUGGUACACAGGAAAUCUUUGCUGUUAGCUGUCAUGCAUCCUGUGAUACCAGCAGUUCUACUGCCAGUAACUCUGUUUUGUGGGAAGAAGCUAAAGCAUCAUCCUAAUGAAAGUGGAAUCUGCAAAUCCUACUGCUAGUUCUGGGGUAUUUAAUCACUAAUAUUCCUCUGCUGAAGGCAGGUUUCUCCUAACAGGAAACUGCACUUCUUAUUAUAGUGAUAAACUGCCAGGCAAUUGAGAAGGGGGGGACUGAAACAGGAGAGAGAAACCAGAACAAAAACUCUUUGCUUGUCUGGUGAAGAGAACUCUUGUGCUGAUUCCAUCCCUGGCAGUGGGGAGGUGGUCUUCCAACAGGUGUUGGAAAACUUUUAAAUGAGGUAACUCCCUUCCUUCCUUCCUUCCCCCAAAUGUUCCUUUUUUGCAUUUUUCUCCCCCAAGUUCCCUUUUUUCUCCUCAGUUCAUUACUACCUUGUAGCAUCCAAAACAAACUGCCUUGAGUCCCAGCUGUGUGUGUCCUAUGAGAGAGCAAGGUUUGUAAGGCAAUUUUGCAUAUGCAUCAAGGUGAUUAAGCCCAUCAUUUCAGAUUCCUUGCUCUGCUUUUCAGCUCAGCUCCUGAGUAUGCAUUGGGUGAGUAUCAGUAAGGGGUGAGUGUGUCUGUGUUUUAAAGAUGAAUUCUGCUUUACUCCUUUUUCCCUCUCUGGAUUCUAAAGGCUUAUCUAUAACAGGAAAGGCUGUUGGCAUGGAGAUUGUGCUAAUGUCCUCAGACCAAGCUGGAUGGCUGUGUUUUGUGCUGGGCUGAGGCUCAGUUCAGACUUUAAUAGAGAAAAUGUAGGAAUGUUCAGUUAGGCAGCUGCUUGCCAUUGUAACAUGCUGGCUCAGUUUGUCAUAUCUGCCUCUAGAGCCUGGUCCAUAUACAAGAUAGGAGCCUGCUACUGGCACCAGCUCAAAUGGUAUAGGCUUUUGCUUUUGAUGCUAAAGGUUUUGAGUUAAUCCCCUGCUGACAGUCCAUGAUGGGGGGUCAUUACUCUAAUUAACUGCUGGGUUUGAUUAUCUAUUUCUGUUUAUUGUGGUAGGAAGUUCUUCUCUCUGGCUGAGCCAAGACAGCUCAGAUAUAUCUAGGAAAGAAGGAUGAGGGAGAGAGUUGAAAACCUCUCCAAAUCCUGCUUAGCUUGACAUAUGGAAAAACAGCAACGGAUUAUAAACAGAGGCAAUAUGACAGGCAGACAUUACACUGCUUUAUUUUUAAUAAGUUAGUGGGCUUUUUAUAUUGUUAGUAAGAACAUCAGAUUAAUGUGGUGAUGUCAUGAGGUUUUUUCCUGCAGAGGUCCUAUUGCCAACAGAAAAAAGUGCCAGGGGCUCAUGUAACGGAUGUAUUGAGAUGCAGGAUACCCCCCAGGCACUGAGGACCCAGCAGUGAUACAGACAUGAAUAGCAGCAAACCAGAUCCUAGCUACUGAGAAGGAAGAAGUCAGUAGGUUGUUAAGCAGGAUGGUUCCAAAGGCAUUUCACACAUCUUUACCAUCAUAAAACCUUUUAGCUUAGUCAAAAUGUUGCUGAUUUAGCAACCUUUAUUACUAAGGACAUAUAGGGGUAAGAACUCCAGGAGUAUCGUGAGAAAGCUAGGCCUCUUCUUGGUCAUUGUUCCUGUCUCCUCCGCUGCACUAAUUGGUCUGCUUCAGAUUGUGGGGGAACUGAAAACUCCACCUAACUUAGUUUCCCUUCCAGCUUUUUGAGCCCAGGUCAACUUCAGCCUCAAUACAAACAAGAGGCUGCUUGUCUUUGUUGCUGGGAGUUUGGAUGCCUUAUGCUGGGAGUUUGACUGGCACAAGAGCUAAUCCACUUUUUGAUCCCCUGUACAUCCCACUGCCCACGUACAGGAGGACACAAUAAAAAUCUAGAUGUCCUACAACAGUGAACAGCCUGUGACCAGGCUUGAGUUAGGUUGUUAAAAAGACAUGGACAUUAAUAUCCAGCCUUUUAAAAGGCGCAGCCUUGGGGCUCAUUUUCUGAAUUCCAAGAGCAAGGUCCUCACCUGGUGCAAACUGAUACUCUUUUGUCUUCAGCAGAGCUAUGCUGUUGUAUUCCAUCUGACAACCUGAACCUAAAUAUCUAUUUCUUAAACAUUCACCAAGCCAUCCCUGAGAACAAAACAACAGUCCACAAAGAGUGUUUGUGAGCCUACAAAAUUGUGCUGCUUCUACUGGCACUGCAGCAGUAUUUAUGCUUGGGCACACUUUGCAGAACUGUGCAGAUGUGAAGCACUGGAUGCAGUGAAAGUGAACCUUGCCUUCUGUAGGAGGCAUUGUCACUCUGCAAUGCCUCUGUUUGGUCAGAGGUCUGCACAAAGUCAUCUGUAGCCUUUCUGAUUGGGUUCUAGGACUUAAUUAACACUAGUUCAAUUUAGUCCAGCAUUCCUGACUGGAAUGAGUGCUGCUUCAACUCAUUUGUCCCCUUCCUCAGUCAUGUGGAAACAGCUAAUGGUGAUUUCACAGGCAAAAGAUGCUGCUCUCUGGAAUAGCUGCUCUUUAUGAGGAUUCCCAGGCAGUCAACCAUUAUUGUUGUGGAAGGAUGUAAUUGAACUCAAUCUGUAGAGCCAAAAUGUAAACAUCUGCAGACUUCAGAAUUCCCAUUCCUUCCCUUUCCUCUGCUUUAUACUGUAAAACUAUGUUUUAAUUUCUCCAGUCUUUGGAGGAUACAAAGAAGGACUUAAGU